AUGCAGAACAAGGGCAUGCACAACAUGAAUCGCUUACCCUCUGUCGCCAGCCUGAUGUCUCCUCCAGAGGCAAAGCCCCACGACUCCUUCAGCCGAACCCUCUCUCCCUCCGUCCCACAACAAUCCUCCUUCGACAGAGAUAACAAACUACCUCCAAUCUCAGACGAUCGCAAAAGAAAGCAGUCCGAGAUGAUGGAUCUGCCAUCGCCACCCGUCACACCUUAUGUCGAGAGCAAGAAGCAGCGAACAAACGAUGAUGAGCCGGUUGAUAGACAGGGUGGCACGGUCGGCAGCAGCAUCAAUAACCGGGAUCCCGUCCUCUUCCCUCGCUCAGACGAGAGUUCUACCGCCAUCCCCAAUGAUGAGCCACUCUUCGCUUCGGACGAGGCCACCGUUGCAGAUAUCGACCAGCACAUCGCCGCCAGCUCAUACAAACUCAAGGUCUCCAAGGAAAACCUGCCCAGCCGUCGAGAGUAUCUCUACUUCUGGUCCUGGGUCACCACCCAGUACAAUUCAAACCCAGCAGCAUAUGCCAGGGACGAGCGUGCCCGUUUAGAUCGCCAGAUGUCCGAGAUGAAACAAUACCGACCCAUUGCACGGCCAUCGACUCAGUCAAAACUCAAGACCUUGGCUCCUGCUCCUGCAACAAGACGCAGGCCUAGCAGCAGUUCCUCCCCUUCUUCCAACGAGGUAUCCAGGCCUGUUCGUCCGCCGCGGGCCAGACGCAGCCCUAAGUCGACUCCUAAGACCAAAGCCCGGGACUCAUUCGAUCCUCUGCCCAAGCCUACCCGUGUAAUCGGCGCCAACCGUGAUGAGACAGACUACCGAAUGCUGCCCAACUUCUGUCCACCCAUUGAGACUCUCCGCGGCAACACCAAGGGUCUUAAGGCCGACUGGAAGGGCCAAUUGCUCGAUCUCUCGGCAGACCCUGAUCGUGACGCUCUUGAUCCCGCUGAGAUCAGCCUUGCCUCUACUCUACGUCUCUCCUGCGCUAGCUACCUCGCUAGUAAGCGUCGCAUCUUUGAGGCAAGAGUCAACGCUUUGAGAGCCGGCAAAGAGUUCCGCAAAACCGACGCUCAGCAGGCCUGUAAGAUUGACGUCAACAAGGCCAGCAAGCUCUGGACUGCGUACGAGAGAGUUGGGUGGUUGGCCGAAGAGCAUUUCCGCCAGUACGUCUAA